AGUUAUUCACCAAUGCCAGCAUUCCGUCGCAGGCGGCCGCCGGGUACGCCAGUGUUUGUUGGGAACCGGAUCCAGAAGGACAUGCUGAUGGAUUUGAACAAGGAGUACCUGCCGGAGAUGGGCAUCACGACGAUGGGAGACAUUAUUGCCAUCCAGCGCCACUCGAAGACGGUGUGCGACCAGAGUGCCCGCGACCGGGUGCUGUCCUCGCAGUCGGCAGUCGUCGAGAAGCCAGAACUGCCGGAACACUUAACCAAUCUGGUUCCGGUGGCGGCGGUUUCCGCCACGCUGAGCAACCCACCCAAAUCGUCGGUGUCCCGCCCCAGCUCGGCGAAAUCUCUGCCGAGCAAAUCGCGGAAUGGCUUUUCCGAGAACAAAAUCACACUUCCGGCUGGCGGCGGAUCUUCCACGUACAUUGUGCCCACCAUCAAUGAGGGUUCGGACAAGAAAGCAUCGCUGGUCGGUAGCUUAGGCAAACGGAGUGCCGUCUUCAAACGGCUCGAGGCAACUCCAAUGAAGACGAAGAGGAUGAUGGAGAAUUGGACGUCGACAUUGACGACGCCGAAGAAGAUGGCCUCGAAUGUCAUGCUCAAGCAAGUGCUCAAGGGUAUCGAGGCGCUUGGGAAGAGAAGAGACGAGAAGAGCAACCAGAGAGAGCAGAGUGACGGAGCGCCCGCCGGGAUACUGAAGAAGUCGCCGCAACAACCCACCCGCAAACUCCCUCCCAAAACCCAGAACGUCACUCUGUUGAAGAAGAUCCCUGCCAAGACGGUCACGGCAGGUGACGACCAGUCGCUCUCCUCGCGACGGCGCAGUUUGGACCGCAUGAACUCGGACAGCGAGCCGGCCAAAUCCGUAUCCUUCUCGAAGAGGGACGAAGUGCUCGAAAUCGAAUUCCAUCCCAUGCGCUUGCAGGAUCGGGAACUCCCGUUGUGGGCACGCAUAGGCGGCGGUGGCGCUAACUUCACAGCCGGGAAACGUUGACCGCCCUUCCCAAACCAACAGCUAACGGAGGCGUUGAUCUCCGGGUUGUUCCCGAUCUGAGGAAAAGACGGUCCGGCUACAGUGCGCUCACUUCGCGAGCAAAGUCCCAACCUGAGCCCUUAUCG